CGGACCUGAUGAAUACCUGCAUGAGCACAACUAUUAUUAGUCGCCAGUAGAUAGCACCGACGGGUUACUUGUACAGCUUCGCACAUAUACGCAGGUUAAAGGAUUUCCUUUGUAUGUUUUAAAGUACUUAAUAGAUGCAAAAGAUGAUCUCAUUUCGUGUGCAUGUUCCCGAUGGCCGAAUUGCAAGCAAGUUUCGGAACAAUCAAAUAAAAGGCCCAAGGCCGGUUGGCAUUCGACGCUUAUGGCGUACACGGAUGGUGCAGAGAUGCACCUUGGGUCCAACGGAUAACGACGACCAGCAGAGCGAAGACACGCCGAGGCGACCUCCUCAUCCCGAAAUGGAUGAUAGCGCGCUGCAGGGCAGCUCUGGCUCAUCCUCGAUCCCUGACACGCUGCCUUACAUGGGGAGCGCAUUGGACUGGCGUGAAUUUAGGGCCAAGCUGGUCUCCCAGUCACGCGGCGGCACCGGCGCGGAGUCGGAUGAGUGGGCCCACAUCAUCCCCAAGCCUGAGAAAGGCGCCCUGCUGCUGGCGCACCCGCUGCUGUUCCAACAGAGCCAGACCUACUUCCACCGGGCGGCCAUUCUGCUGCUGGAGCACGGGGACUUGGGCAGCUAUGGUGUCAUUCUGAACCGACCGUCCAAGUACCUCAUCGGGGACGUGCCCCUCAGUCGGCCGCAAACUCAGUUUGGGGAUUGCCGGCUGUACAUCGGAGGCGAUGUGGGCAUGGGGGAGGUGCAGGUGAUACAUCCGUACGGCCAGCUUUCAGGCGCGGCGGAGGUGGUCCAGGGGGUGUACGCAGGCGGCAUCGACGCCGCACGAGACGCGGUGGACGCGGGCUUCGCCCAAGCUAAAAGCUUUCGCUGGUUCAAUGCCUACGCUGGUUGGGGCCCGGGGCAGCUGCUGAUGGAGUGCAAGCGGGGUGUGUGGUUCACUGCGGCUGCCAGUCCCAAGCUCAUUCUGCAGGAGGUGGAACUAGGAGAGGGCCCCAAGUACUGGCACAAGGUCAUGAGCAUGUUGGGAGCCGCUGUGAGUGGCAGUCAGACGGCCAUCUCGAUGCAUCCUCGUAAGAUACCCGGCAGCCGGGCCAGAUUACGGAAAAAGGAGGGGGACCUGGCGAGCUUGUCCACGGAGGAUUCUGUGGGCCAGCACGCGAAUAUGCAGGCUUCCUAUUGGCUGGGGUUGGCGCGUUGCAGGCUGUUGGACGGCAUGUCCAUGUUGGGAGGGGGUGGCGGCCGGCGCCGCACUUAGACUUAAUCGCUAUUGUACAAUUUUGUUGCAAUCGUUCAAAUGACCCCGAAGCAGGCCUCCGUCCAGCUUAGCUUGUACAAAAGAGCCCAAUGGACGUGCUGCUAAGCGAGUGGCCUUCAUUUGGGCUGUGAUGACCAGCUGUCCAGGUUAAGGUCUUUACGCAGGUGACAAAGUUGCUGUUGUUGUUGUGUCUAUAUUAUUCGAAGGACAGAGACAUAAUCGGGAACAUAGUUCAUGACGUAACGCGGUGCGUGCCAGCCCGUGUGUACGCGUGUACGUGUAUGUAUGUAUGUACGUACGCGUGUACGUGUGUAUGUAUGUAUACAUACAUACAUAUCUGUGUGUACGUAUGUAUGUGUGUGGUGCGCUGCGUUUGGCUGCAACGUGAGGCGUGCUGGUCGCCCUGCGUAGAUCGCGAUCCCUGGUUAGCGUAAUAGGUAGGGUAGAUAAGCAGUCAGCAACAGGAGAUUGCAAAGAAGGUAAUGUGGACUAGACAUGAUGUAAGGAUUGUCCUGCG